CCUUCUCCAUCAUAGAUAGGUUAGGGAUUCUCAGAGCAGAAGCGGAGAGGCGAAGCUAGCUAGGGCAACCAACAGAGGCACAGAGACAGCCAGGCCGUCGCCAUGGGUCGCAUGCACAGUCGAGGUAAGGGAAUUUCUGCUUCAGCUCUUCCGUACAAGAGGACUCCUCCGAGCUGGUUGAAGAUCUCUUCCCAGGAUGUUGAUGAGAACAUCUGCAAGUUUGCCAAGAAGGGUUUGACUCCCUCUCAAAUUGGUGUCAUCCUUCGUGAUUCUCACGGCAUUGCCCAAGUGAAGAGCGACACAGGGAGCAAGAUAUUGCGUAUCCUGAAGGCUCAUGGUCUUGCUCCCGAGAUACCCGAGGAUCUGUACCAUCUCAUCAAGAAGGCUGUCUCAAUUAGGAAGCAUUUGGAGAGGAACAGGAAGGACAAAGAUUCCAAGUUUAGGUUGAUUCUGGUUGAGAGCAGGAUCCAUCGCCUAGCUCGCUACUACAAGAAGACAAAGAAGCUUCCACCAGUGUGGAAAUAUGAAUCUACUACCGCCAGCACUCUUGUGGCUUAAGGUAGAAAUAGGACUGGUGACAGUUUUGGUCGUUCUGUUUAUGUAACUUUUGGAUGAGCAAAGACUUUGUUCUUUUUGUCUUUCCUAUUUUUUGAUACUUAAUCUUAGCGUCUCUUUUCUUUGAGUUAAAGAAAACUUAUGCAUCAAAUUCUUGGCAAUGGAUUUUUGUUAAUGUGAUAAAUUAUGUUUUUGCAAA